AUGGCUUCAAGACAGCCAUUCCCACAAAAGCAAAGACCACGAAUGAGCAUAAUUUUCCUUGCAAUCGCGAUUUCAGCCUCUCUCAUAAUCCUCUUCGCACUUGUGUAUUUCCUCUACUCUCUCUGGUACUCAUUAGUCCACAAAUGGAGGACCAGUCCAUUUGACGCCGGCCCGCCAUUAAACAAGCUCCAGAAAUUCAGCUACAAAGAACUAAAGAGCGCCACCAAUAAUUUCAGCGUCUCCAACUCCAUAGGCAAAGGCGGGUCGGGCACAGUCUUCCGAGGCAUCUUGCGCGACGGUAAGUUGGUGGCCGUGAAACUCCUCGACUCCAAUUUGCUUCAGAGCGAGCAAGAGUUUCAAAACGAGUUGAAAAUUCUGGGCGGGUUAAAAUCCUGCCCUUUAAUUGUUACUUUACUGGGUUUUUGUGUGGAGAAAGGUAAUAGGCUCCUGGUGUUUGAGUAUAUGUCUAACAGAAGCUUGCAAGAGUCUCUCUUCAUGGAUGAUUCAAAUAGUUAUAGUGAAGUUGGCGUUUGUGGUGAUUUUGGUUCGGGCUAUUUGAAUUGGGGUAUAAGGUUUAGUAUAAUUCUUGAUGUUGCCAAAGCAUUGGCUUUCUUGCAUCUUGAGUGUGAGCCUCCAGUGAUCCAUGGUGAUGUGAAGCCGAGCAAUGUGUUGCUCGACUCUAAUUUUAGGGCCAAGCUUUCAGAUUUCGGCUUGUCGAGAUUGAAGCUUGAAGGCGAAAUCGGGUUGGAUUUGUUCAGCCAAGAGCUUUCUGGAAAUUUGAAUGCGGUCGAAAACGAGACCCCUCAAGAGGAUCAAGAAAAUGACGAGGUGGAUUUCGCCCUAGCUCUUCAAGCUUCUAAUUCUUCGAAAAAUAGUUCCAAAAUUCACCAUAGCGCGAUGGGGCUGGUGAAGAAUUUCAAUUUUAGUUCCGAGUGUGAAAAUAGCAAUUUAAAAGGGAAGGAAUUUGUUCCUUGUUAUGACCAAGAGUUGAAUAGUGCGGAUCAUAGUAAGGAGUUGAGUUUAAAUGCCGGCGAAAACAUUAGUAGCAAACAAUGGGGAAAGGAUUGGUGGUGGAGACAAGAUGGAAGUGAGGAAUUGAGUAGCAAGGACUAUGUGAAAGAGUGGAUUGGGAGUCAAAUUUGCCCCGAUCCAGAUAUUCCCGAGUGGGAGGAGGAAAAAGGGGGCUCGAAAAAGGGUACAAAAACGGAAAAACACAAGGAAAAGGAGAAUUUUAGGCAAGAAUCAAGAUUCGGGUGCCUUAGUCGUGGCAUGGAGAAGGAAAAUCCAAAUAGGUGUAAAAAAGCUUGUUCUCACAAUCACCGGAAGAUGCACGAGUGGUGGAAGGAAGAAAAUUUAGACGAAAUCCGUAAGAAGAGUAAAUAUACGAGAAAAGUAAACAUUCGGCCUCAUUUCGGUUUGGGCAAGUGCUUCUCGUUCACAAGAACGAGUCAAGAAAACAAGAAUGAUGAAGAAGGUCGGAAAAAGAAAGAGAUGUGGAGUGGGGAUGUUUUUAGUCGGGAGUUGAGUAGCACGACUAGUAUGAGAGGCACAUUGUGCUAUGUGGCGCCCGAGUACAAUGGUUAUGGCUAUUUGAUGGAAAAGGCUGAUAUUUAUAGUUUAGGUGUCUUGAUUCUUGUUGUUGUUUCUGGGAGAAGGCCUCUGCAUGUAUUGGGCUCGCCUAUGAGUCUGGAGAAGGCCAACUUGAUUAGCUGGGCCAGGAGUUUGGCCUACUCGGGGAAUAUACUCGAGCUUGUUGAUGAGCGGUUAAAGGAUGAGUACAACAAGGAGGAAGCAGGCUUGUGUAUUAAUUUGGCUCUCGCAUGCUUGCAGAAGAUGCCUGAGUUGAGACCGGAUAUUGGGGAUGUUGUAAGGGUUUUGAAGGGAGAAAUGGAGGUUCCACAGUUGCCGUUUGAGUUCUCACCUUCGCCUCCUUCAAGAGGCUUUAGCAGGUGUAGAAGGAAAAGGAAUGGCGGUUUGAAUUAG